AAUAAAGGCCUUCUGAAGCAAAGUGAUGGGUUUUUGUAAGAAAAAUAUCCAUAUUUAUAACUUUAUAAACUAAUAAUAACUGGCUUCCAGUAACGACCGUACACAAGUCUAGUUCCGAGGCUUGAGGGUGAGUAAAUAAGGGCAUAGUUUUUGGGUGAACUAUCCCUUUAAAACAACAAACAUCUAAGACCAGAAAUUGAGCUUAGGCUUAUUUUAGACCAGUUUAAACAACGAUUAACUGUGAAGAUGUUCCUUAAUAAGUGCUAAAUUAUUUUUAGAGGUGCAAUAUUAUUUUGAUACGUGUUUGACUGCCUGGGUGGGUCUCUAUAUAGGUCAUUUUUGUUGUUUGUAACCAGAAUAACAUCUUUCUGAGAUAAAAUCUCUUUAAAAAAAGUGAUAUAAGACAGCAAAGAAUACAAGGCAACAUGUAGCAGUCAAAACAAUUUAAAUAAUACAAAUCAAACAAAAUAAUAUAAAUGAAAAAUCUGUAAAUCAAAUAUCACAGACAAACAAACAAACAACACUUUUUUUUUUUUUUUUUUUUUAAUUAAUGUGACUAAUCUUCUUACAACUAACAAACCAUUCUCAAUAUGGUAUCAGCGUUCAACACGUCCAAAAAGUGGAUUAGCAGCACUGUUGCAGCCCUGUGUACCGGAGGUUGGCAGAUUUUAGGUCUCGUGGUCGUAAAUGGCAUGAGACCACAGCAGCUUGGCAGUCGCUGGUCGAAGAGAGCUGACGUGAGGUGACGACGCGACGCACACAGUUGGGACACGGCAGGUAUCUUAUUAGCUCUGUAGAGGUGAAGGAUGGGGCGUAAACUGGAUCUCUCUGGUCUGACGGAUGUGGAGGCCGAGCAUGUGAUGCAGGUGGUGCAACGGGACAUGCAGCUGCGCAAAACGGAGGAGACACGGCUCGGUGAAAUGAAGAAGGCGCUGGUUGAGGAGGGCAGUCGGUCUGUUCUGCUGUCACGGCAGCACAGGUUUAAUGAGCGCUGCUGCAUCCGCUGCUGUUCUCCCUUCACCUUCCUGCUCAACUCCAAGCGUUCCUGCUUGGACUGUUGCUACAACGUCUGCAAGGGAUGCUGCACCUACAAUAAGAAGGACAAAGGCUGGCUGUGCUCCGCCUGCCAGAAGACCAGGCUACUGAAUACCCAAUCUCUGGAAUGGUUCUACAAUAAUGUGAGAAGGCGUUUUAAAAGGUUUGGCAGUGCCAAAGUGUUAAAGAACCUCUACAGGAGGCAUGCGGCCGAGCGUGGAGUGUUAGCAGAGCCUACAGAGGGCAGCACCAAUGAGGAGAGCGUCUGCAAUGAAAGUAGUGUGUAUGAGAGCGACUCCACAUUCUACAAGCAAAGUAAAGAGCACAGCAUGGCUGAGACUAUUAGUGUGGCAAUGCGGGUGGCAGAAGAGGCCAUAGAUGAAGCCAUUGCUAAGGCUGAGAGCCAGACUGACAGUCAAGAGAAGCAGAACGAAGCUCAUUAUCUGCGAGAGAACAGAGGAGAGCUGAUAGAGGAAUUGGCCAAAACCAUAGUACAGAAAAUUGUCCACCGGAGGAUGGAUCCCUCUGAGGUGCAGUCUGGGUGUAAUCUGGACCAGAACAUUGUUGAGACCUCUCCUGAUCAAAUCCAGAGUGCCUUCGAUGCUUGUCUCUCGAGGUCUCGCUCAGCUCUCUCUGUUGUGACUGAUGAGAAAACAGACCAGCAUGCUAACACUGAGUCAAGACCUUCAGCCUCUAAAAGUCAUGCUCUGGAAAUGAAGAAAGAAGAAACGAUGCCUGUCCAGGCCAUGCCUAGCUGGAGGAGUGUUGACCGACUGGACAAUUCCAUGUUACAGAGUCCUGAUGGGAACUGGAUUGCUUAUCAGAGCAACCUACUCUCUCGACCGGGCCUUUUAACUAAGCGCAAAAGUCUGGUCUACAGCGUCCUAGAAAGGGAGUCUGGCGUGGUGUCAGCUUAUGAUGAAAUGGGCUCCGAAACAGAGCCUGAAGCGAAUGGGGGCUGGGGCGCUGCACUGGUAGAGUUUCGUCGUAAAUUGUCUGCCAAUAAGCAGUCGAAUUACCCAGAAUCCUACAGCCGACAGUCAACCUUGCCUUUGGAUGCACAAGCACAACACACCUUGAAUGCUGACACUGAGAACUCCUCAGGACAGGAUGCACCGAUGCCCCACAAAACUCUGCUGCCCUUCCUGAAGAGGAAAGUGUCACUAGAACACAGGCGACCCUCAUUCGCCCGCCGCUCGAACCUCGGGGAUGUUAAUUUCAACCAAGGAGGGGCUGAAAGCAGUGAGGAUGGCCUAGAGGACAGCAGGGUCAAGAGGUCACGACGAAGGAGGAAAAAUAAGAGAGAGGAGGCAGAGUGGAAAGGACAGUCGGUUUUGUCUUUGGCUAUAUCGGAUUCUAAUGGCCAACUCUCAGAUUCUCUGGUGAAGAGUCGUCAUGUGAAACAAGACUCAGCCUUGCAUGGAAAAAGACCAAGUGAUCAUGCUCUGGAAGCCGACACUUCAGACACUGCUACCCCUGACAUCUUGAGCUCUGGAGCUGUGACCCCUGAUCCAUUUGGAUCUGAUCUCAAUUCUCCCAGCAAUUCGAAUCAUAGAGCCCAUGGUGUGGUUGAAUCUUUAGAUCAGCAGUUGACUUCCAAACUGAAAGAGCUGACCAGUCAAGUCAGAGAAACACAACUUUCCUCCACAGAGGAUGAAUUGGACCGGUUGGAGUAUCAAAUGUGGGAUGAUGACGGUGAAACAAAAGCAAAUGUGGGAGAUGAAGUUAUGGGAGAUGCUUUAUUGAAGAUUAAGGCUGUAAAAGAAAAAUCUGAUGAAAUUGAAGCCACAAAUCAAUUAAUGAGAGCUGACAUGUUGAAACAAGAUGAUCUGACUUCCAAACUCAGAGAGUUGACCAGUCAGGUCAGUGAGACACUACUUUCCUCCACUGAAGAUGAACUGGACAGGUUGAGAACUGAGAUGCUGGUGGUAAAUGACAGAACAGAUGGAAACAAAAUGAUACAACGUGAUAAUACAACACAAAAUCAUCUAGAGAAGAUGGUUGAAAAAGCAGAAGAAGAGAGAUCAGAGAAAAGGCAAAAGAACAAGAAGGAGACACAAAUGUCAGAAGAAAUGAGCUUUGGGAGCCAAAAACAUACAUUUGCUGAGACCGAUGCACAAUAUGAGAUCGCUAGUGAGAGAAGUGAGGAGACAAAGAACAAGAGAGAUGUUCAGACUAAAGAGAGAAAAGCAGAAAUAAAAGAUGGUGGAAAUGUGGUUGAAGGUCAGCAGAGCAGAUCUGAGAAUACAGAGAUGGUUGAUCAUAUUGAGGAGCAGGGAGAGGCCUUAUCCUGUGAACUGGCUUUGAGUAGAUUUGUAAGUGAAGAUGGAAAAAUGGAAUUUGAUAGGAUCAUCGAUACUGUAGCGAAGGCUUUGGAUGAUAUGGAAGAACACAUAGAAGCUUACACUAGUGAGGGGGUAGUUUUAGACACAGAGGGAGAGAAACUAGAGAUGAUAAAAGAGAAGGAGAAUGUAACUGAACAGGACAUGGAUGAAGAGAAAACAUUUGAGAGAUGCUUUGUUGGUGGAGAAUCGAAGAAGGUUCAGGAAAAAGAAAUGAAGGAAAAGGGCAAAAUCAAUGAAGUUGUGGCACUAAAGAACAGCACUGAAGAUACUGAGGAGUCAGAAGACAAACAAUGCAUCAAAUCAUCAGAAGGGAGCGUUCAAAGGAACGAUGGCAACGGUCACGGUGACUUGGUUGAAAUGAGGGAGCAGAGGGACAAGCACAGUGCCCCAUCUGGUCAGGAGGAGUAUCUGUCACCAGAGGAGAUCUACAAGGAUGCUCACAUGCUGGACAAAGAGAAAAACCUACAUUUUAUCUCCAAUAUACUACAGCAGAAGUACUCGGCCGUAUCACUGCGCAGCAUCACCUCCGAGGUGCUGAAAGUGCUGAACGCCACUGAGGAUCUGAUUCACGGAUCUAUGGGAGACGGACAAAGCCAAAUGGACCACAGUGACCUCCCGAACAUUCCCCCUGCCGAGGCCAGAAGACUGGACGAGCAGCUCAGCAGACUGGAGGAGAAUGUGUAUGUGGCGGCAGGUACAGUGUACGGGCUCGAAGCUGAACUGGGGGAUCUGGAGGAGUGUGCGCGCAGCAUCAGUGGAUCCACCACCGAAAGAGAUCUCGCUCAUCUGGAGGACCAGGUGGCCUCUGCAGCAGCCCAGGUGCAGCAGUCUGAGCUCCAGGUUUCAGACAUUUCCUCAAGAAUUGCGGCUCUGAAAAAUGCAGGUCUUAAUGUAGCUCCACAGACACAAUUUACCAAGGUUAACACUGUAAAAACCAAGACACAAACCAUCGGCUCAUCUCGGAAACUGAGGCGGCGACUGCCGGCACCUCCAGUACAAGAUAAAGAAGCAUAAAGAGGAUUGUAGGAGACAUCAGCAAGCUUCAUCGCAAAGUUAAAUAACUUAAAGCCUAAAAAGCCACUGAUCACAUGUGCCUUGAAGCUCAUGGCUCAUAGAAAAUAUUUUAUAAACUCUUGUGGGAUAGAUUUAAAUAGACUCAUGUAUUGCUCAUGCAGUGACGCCAUGUUACACAAACAAAUGACUCUUGGAUCAGGUUGCUUUAUUACCUCUCUCUCCUAUACUAGUGUCUGAAUUAUUUAGAAAUAGUUACUGUAAAUGUAAGUUGUGAAAUUACACAAAGAUGUUGAGCUUUGUUUUGGCAUUUUGACCAUUACUGUGAAUCAAACUCAUCAUUCAAUUAAAUCUGAAACUGGAAGUACUGGGAUAGUUCACCCAAAAAUUCUGUGAUCAUUUACUCACCCUCAUGCUAAUAUUUUAAAGAAUGUUUGUAACCAAAUUGUUUUGGUUACCACUGACUUCCAUUAUAUUGGCGAUUUCUCAAAAUAUCUUCUUUUAUGUUCCACAGAUGAAAGAAAGAACUAUCCUUUUAAUUUCUCACUGACAAGAUAUAGAUAUCUACAAUGACUGUGUCCGAAAUUGCAUACUCUCUUGAGUAGGUACUUAUUUUGAAUAAGUAAUUGCGUAACAAUAACCAGCGUAACAAUCGCUAACAAAGUACGUUCUAUAUAGUAUGAAUGUGUGUAGUAUGAAUGUAAUCUGUAUGUUCUACAUCCGCCAUGUUGACAUUAUCAUGUGACCUACCAGCGUCAGUUGCGUCGCUUCACUGCCCCUCAUAAAUCCUCUCCUGUGGCCUCAUGGGAUAGUAAAGUGUCCAUCGUAUGCACACUUCAGAAUACUCUUUUAUGAGUACUGUGAAUUCGGACAUACUUCUUUUGCCACAUGUUUUAUGACUACUAUAUAGUAAGAGAGUAUGCGAUUUUGGAUGCAGCCAAUGUUUUGCACAUCUGACCAAAUAUUUCCUGCAUUAAUUUUUUUUGAACAUGAUUUCUCUGUCAGAUUUAUAGUAGAUUAUUCAAGCCGCGUGUCAGCUAUAUGAAUCACAGUCAUGCAGAACAUGAAACUUUGUAUUUGCUGAUAAUGUAAAUUUAUGGUGUUAGAUUUGAUAAUAGAGAGAUUUACAAGCUAUUAUAAAGACAUUGAUUUAUUGUAUAUGUGUAAAUGAUCUGUGUAAAUUAAUAAAUGGAAUUUUUUAGUUUGAUUAUAUUUAAA